AGAAGAGGAGACAAAGGAAUCAUGGCUUCUGAUGCUAGUCAUGCGCUGGAAGCUGCCCUGGAGCAGAUGGACGGGAUCAUUGCAGGCGCUAAAACAGGUACAGAUAUCAGUGAUGGUACCUGUGAUCCUGGAUUGUCUUCUCCAGCCUCCUACAUGAACCCCUUCCCAGUGCUUCAUCUCGUUGAGGACUUGAGGCUGGCCCUGGAGAUGCUGGAGCUUCCUCAGGAGAGAUCAGCCCUCUUGAGCCAGAUCCCUGGCCCAACAGUUGCCUACAUAAAGGAGUGGUUUGAGGGAAGCUUGUCCCAGGUGAAUCAUCACAGUGCUGCUAGUAAUGAAACUUACCAGGAGCGCUUGGCACGUCUAGAGGGAGAUAAGGAGUCCCUCAUAUUACAGGUGAGCGUCCUCACAGACCAAGUGGAAGCCCAAGGAGAGAAGAUUCGGGACCUGGAAGUGUGUCUGGAAGGACAUCAGGUGAAACUCAAUGCUGCUGAAGAAAUGCUUCAACAGGAGCUGCUAAGUCGCACAUCUCUUGAGACCCAGAAGCUCGAUUUGAUGACCGAAGUUUCUGAGCUGAAGCUCAAGCUGGUUGGCAUGGAGAAGGAGCAAAGAGAGCAAGAGGAGAAACAAAGAAAAGCAGAGGAGUUACUGCAAGAACUCCGACACCUCAAAAUCAAGGUAGAAGAGUUGGAGAACGAACGGAAUCAAUAUGAGUGGAAGCUAAAGGCCACUAAGGCCGAGGUAGCACAGCUGCAAGAACAGGUGGCCCUGAAGGAUGCAGAAAUUGAGCGUUUGCAUAGCCAGCUCUCCCGUGCUGCAGCUCUCCAUGGUGAACAUGCAGAGAGAGACCAGGAAAUUCAGCGACUGAAAAUGGGGAUGGAAACUUUGCUUGUUGCCAAUGAAGAUAAGAAUCGUCGGAUAGAAGAGCUCACUGGGCUUUUGAACCAGUACCGAAGGAAGAAGGAGAUUGUGAUGGCAACUCAAGGGCCCUCAGAGAGAACUCUGCCCAUGAAUGAAGAAGAUAUGGAGGGCAGUUUCAGAAAGUGGAACACCACAAAUAAAGACUCUGAAGAAUUAUUUAAACAUGAGAUGUCGCCAAGAUGUAGCUCCCCCACAGUGGGGCCGCCUCCACUUCCCCAGAAAUCACUGGAAACCAGGUCUCAGAAAAAACUCUCCUGUAGCCUAGAAGACUUGAGAAGUGAAUCUGUGGAUAAGAGUGUCAAUGGGAACCAGCGCUCCCCGGUGUCGGGAUCCAAGGACAACCCUCUUGUGUCAGACCACAAGUAUCCAACGUUACCUGGGAAGCAUUCAGGAGCCACCACCAAUGGAGAGGCCACCAAGUCUAAUCCUUCUGCCUCCCAGCCUGAUGCCACCGGGAGCAGCCUGCUGAGGUUGAGAGACACAGAAAGUGGUUGGGAUGACACUGCCAUGGCCAAUGACCUCUCAUCUACAUCAUCGGGUACUGAGUCAGGACCCCAGUCUCCCUUGACACCUGAUGGUAAACGGAGCCCCAAAGGCAUCAAAAAAUUCUGGGGAAAAAUCCGAAGAACUCAAUCAGGAAAUUUCAACACUGAUGCACCGGGAGUGGCAGAGUUUCGACGAGGUGGGCUUCGAGCAACUGCAGGGCCAAGGCUCUCUAGGACCAGAGACUCCAAGGGACAAAAAAGUGAUGCCAACGCCCCCUUUGCCCAGUGGAGCACGGAGCGAGUGUGUGCAUGGCUGGAGGACUUUGGCCUGGCACAGUAUGUGAUCUUUGCCAGGCAGUGGGUGACUUCCGGCCACACCCUGCUGACAGCUACACCUCAGGACAUGGAAAAGGAGCUGGGAAUUAAGCACCCACUUCACAGGAAGAAACUGAUACUGGCAGUGAAAGCCAUCAACACCAAGCAGGAGGAGAAUUCUGCCCUGCUGGACCACAUCUGGGUGACACGAUGGCUUGAUGACAUAGGCUUACCCCAGUACAAAGACCAGUUUCAUGAAUCCAGAGUUGAUGGACGGAUGCUGCAAUAUCUAACUGUGAAUGAUCUACUCUUCCUAAAAGUCACUAGCCAGCUGCAUCAUCUCAGCAUCAAAUGUGCCAUUCAUGUGCUGCAUGUCAACAAGUUCAACCCCCACUGCCUGCACCGGCGGCCAGCAGAUGAGAGUAACCUCUCUCCUUCAGAAGUUGUGCAGUGGUCCAACCACAGGGUGAUGGAGUGGUUGCGAUCAGUGGACCUGGCAGAGUACGCCCCCAACCUUCGAGGGAGUGGCGUCCAUGGCGGUCUCAUUAUCCUGGAGCCACGUUUCACGGGAGACACUCUGGCUAUGCUUCUCAAUAUCCCGCCACAAAAGACACUUCUUAGGCGCCACCUGACCACCAAAUUCAAUGCCCUGAUUGGUCCUGAGGCUGAACAGGAAAAACGAGAGAAAAUGUCCUCUCCAGCUUACACGCCACUGACCACCACAGCCAAAGUCCGGCCAAAGAAACUAGGAUUUUCACAUUUUGGAAAUAUAAGAAAGAAGAAGUUUGAUGAAUCAACAGACUACAUUUGCCCAAUGGAGCCCAGCGAUGGUGUUGGUGACAGUCACAGAGUCUAUGGAGGCUACCGGGGCCUCAGCCCCCUUGAUUCCCCUGAACUGGAUGGGCUGGACCAGGUGGGACAGAUUAGCUGAUGCCCUAUCGCCUGUCCUCUGUGCACCCCAAGAGCUCACAGUAACUGCGUGUGUCACCAUGUUACUGCACCUCACCCCCUUGCACAUGUGCAUGACUCACAGAGAACAUUCCAGCAAUGAUGUACCCCCCCCCCCCCCGGGUAAGACUCUCUUCUAGCCCUGAGGGUGGCCAGGAUAUGGAGGUGGACUUCUGCCAAGGGGCCAGGCUAUUGGGACCAUUGCCAAAGGUGGACGCAGGAGGAAAGGCUCCUAAAGAUGCUUAUAGAUACAUUUUUAGCAGGUACCCAGGAAGCUCAGACCUCAGGCACCUCCCCAUGCUUUGGCUGAGGUAAAAACUCAAGUGCCUUAGGCCUGCUGGCCUCUGGGUCUUGGCCAAGGUCAAAGGAACAAGCAGCAGGGAUUUCUGCCAUGGUGACAAUGUAAUUGUUUUGUGCCUUACUGCAAGAGGUGGUUGUUGCUUCCUUCUGUUAAUAAAAACAGUAUUUAUGUGAGAAAG